AUGGUGGAUGCAGGUGUUUUAACUGACUCAAAAUAUGUCAGUCAUUCGUUGAGUAAGAAGGAAAAGCGUCUUCUCAAGAAAGCGGAGAAGAAAAAGCAGAAGAAUGUGCCUGAUCACUCGAAAAAGUCAGAACAAGAAGAGCCAGAUAAUGAUGAUAAUGAUGAUAAGCUUGAUUUGAACGUUCUUGAAGAAAGUGAGGAUGAGAAGGAAGUCGAAGAAUUUGAGGAAAAGCCUACCAGUGAUAAUAAAGAGGAGAUUUUGUACAACAAUGCAGAUGUUGGUGCUGACACAGAUGCAAUACCACAUACGAAACUCAAAAUUAAUAACACAGCUGCUAUAAAGGAAGUGUACGAAAGGAUAAGAAUACCAUGGGAAAAGUAUCAGUUUGACGAGUCGCAGGCCAUAACUUACACUACUAGAGUGGAGUCCCAAAUCACAGAUUUAUAUGAUGACACAGAAAGAGAGCUUCAAUUUGUGAAGCAAGGGCUUGAUGCUGCUACUGAAGGUAAGAAGAAGCUUCUUGCUCUAAAGAUACCUUUUUCACGCCCUGCAGAUUAUUUUGCCGAAAUGGUCAAGUCCGAUGAGCAUAUGGAAAAACUCAAAAGUAAACUUAUUCAAGAAGCAUCUGAGAAGAAAGCUAAAGAAGAUGCCAGAAGACAAAGAGAGCUCAAGAAGUUUGGCAAGCAGGUUCAACAUGAAACACUUCAAGAGAGACAGAAGGAGAAAAGGGAAACUAUGGAUAAGAUUAAAUCUCUUAGAAAGAGAAGACAGAACAAUGAUAUCGGAGAGGAAGAAUUUAAUAUCGAAUUGGAGGAGGCUUCUCAGACACCUCAAGGACUAUCCAGAAAGAAGAGAAGAAUUCAACGCCAAAUGUCGGCUAAGGGAAAGGGAAAGAAAAGAUUGGGAAAAAGCAAAAGAAGCAGAUGGAAGAGAUAA